GUGAAUCUUGUGAACACACGUCCCGCCUGUUGUGAAAAAGAUCGCCGCUGCAACUUUUUUGUAUCCCAGAUUCGAAUAUUUGGAAAAUUAACAGAAAACUGUGAUUUAUUUCACUGAUUUUAAUUUUAUACAAAAGAAUAAUCAACUUCAAUUAAAAUGCUGUCUGCAUCCUCAAUGGAUAUGCAAGUGGAGGAGACUCCUUUGGCUCUGCGUCGUCUCUGGAACUUGACCAGAGCUCGUCUCGCUGGAACCUCUACAGCCCUCGAUGAGGAGCCAGCUUUGGUUGAGAACCUACCAUCUGCUCAGGUAACCGAAGAUGCUCCAAAGCCGUGUCUGCCGAGUGACUAUGAGAGUGAUGGCGAGGAAGCAUUCCCUGAAGUAGAUGUGCCCGAGUAUACGGAGCCUGCUCUGAAGUUAUGGAGCGAGGCUUCGCACGAGAAGGAGGUGAUAUUGGACGCAGGCAAGCUCGGAGACGUACCUGCGGUCUACCGCGUGCCCCAGCCUGCUCCUCACCAGAUGCCAGUCAUCGGGGUCUACAUCGACCCCCGCGUUAGGACAGGAUUCAGAUACAAAAUUAGACCCAUGCAGGCUCUCAACGCGCCCCCGUUGUCGCUAAAGCCGAGAUACUUGUUCGAUGGGAAGGCGCUAACCCUGCAGUCCAUCGGCCGUGGGUUCGCCCGCCGCCUCACAUUUGAGCCCUACAACUGUACCCUCAAUGAGAACGAGAACUAUUUCUGGACCGACUCUCGUCCCGAAGGAUUCGUGUUUGAGAUCGAAGCCAUUUCGGUCGGCGACAAAUUCACCAUCUACGACGCCAAUCAUGAGCCUCAGGGUAUCCUGGAGGUCGUCCAGCAACAGAAAAAUCAAAUUGAAAUCGAUCAGAAAAUAUUUGAAGACGGGUCGAUCGAAAAGAAGGUCAAAGUGAAUACAUUAUGCAAAGUCGAGUGGUACGAGAACGAGGGAAUCACGAAGCUCGUGCCGGUCACUGGAACGGUUAUUUUGAAGAAAGGUCGCGGCAAUGCGACGAUCUGUAGGGUUGUCAACGUCGCUAUCGGCAUCAAGCAACUCAAGAAGGGAUACGAACUGAAACCCGGCAUCAAAUCCUCUUCAAGAAGGAUAACCGUUAGCGGUUGUGAUAUUAAGGACAUUCCAUGCCAGUACACCGUUGUUGGUCUUGAAAAAUACGAAUUGCCUGUUAUUGGAACCUACAUUGAUCCCAGGAUUAUUCCCGGAUUUUACUAUAGGGUGCGUCCCGCGACGAGCCGCCGUCGUCUGUUCGAGGGCCGAAGCAUGCUGUUGCAGUCCGUGGGCAUGGGCUACGGGAAACGCAUCACGUUCAAACCCGACACGCUCAAUGCACCCGAAAACUACUUCUGGUCAGACUCCCAUCCGGAAGGUCUGGGUAUGGAGCCGAGAGCCAUUCACCCAGAUAUGAAAUUCACCAUCACUGGAAAUGGGGGUUUGCUAGGAGAGGCCACAGUUUUCCGCGCUGAUCUCCCGCAAGUCGAAGAGAAGACGGAAUAUGUGGAGGUGCCGGGAAAGAAGGGAAUGGCGGUGGAGAAGUACAUUCAGGUGGACGUGACCUGCCACGUCAAACUGGCCACUACGGGUGGUGGCUCGGUGGACUCCGAAGUGCAUCUGAUGAAGGUGUCCGGAGUGGCGUUGGUCAGGAAGGAGCCGGGACAGGCGGAAGCCAAGCUGGUCAAGGUGUUCAACGUGGGUCUGGACUCCCAACUGAACCUGCUGUUCGCUCACACACAAACCGAGCUGACCUUCCACCCCCAGCCAUAAGUUGCCCCGGAGAUUUGAAAGGUGUUGUGAUGUUCGAGCGAUUCGCAGCUCAGCAUUGUGAUGCCUUAAAAACUUUCCUGGCGGACUAGCUCCGUCACAUGUCAACUGAUUAAACACGAGUUUGCAAUCGACGCGAGGUCUGCUUUCGCAAUACUCCUCGUACGGAAUGUUGGUUGCAAAUUCGAAUCGGCUAAUGGAUCAAUGAUAUGGCUUUACGAUUCUGUUGAAAUCACCGCAUGCGUCCGGUACCUGCGCGUACCGCUCCCUAACGAAUGAAAUGAAUCUCAUGCUGUUGGACACGCAAGAAUCAGGAGCAGUAUUGUUUAUUAAUUUUAAAUAAUUUCUAUUAAUGUUUUUGGAGAGAGUUUACUACAAGACUAGUAUUUCUGUUGAUUUAUUGAUCUACGAUGUAGAUUUGAAAUUUCAAUGACAUUCUUAAUUACUAUGAGUUCAAUCAAUUAUUGGAACUUAUUGACUUUUAUCAAAUAUAAACUUUAUUUUAAAUUGAA